AUGAUUGUGCCUCACAGAUAUCACGUGGACUCCAUGUAUUCUCAUUGGUCCGAAACUGAACAGCCAGUUGGAUUAACAGUAUUUAAUAUUCGCGGUGAAGUAAUACCGCGUUACAGAAUGCCGGUUGCUCGAUUCAUUGGUGAUAUAUUCGUUUACGGCCCCAAUGAGGUUUUGUUUCCUUCGAUCAGUUUUCUGUCGACAAUGAAACACCACAUCAUUUUUAGCACCUCAAUUUAA